AUGGGGUAUACUCAAAAAAACAAGAACUUGCUUGUUGCUUUAGGAGCUCUUGGUGACUCUGGUUUUGGUGCAUAUAAAGCUUAUUACUCACCAUCUAUGGUUAAAAAGAGGGAAAGAUUGUUGAAGCUUCUUGAUUCUGUUGUUUCUUUAGCUGAAAUGUCGUCUGAUUCUGCUGAUGUAAUUGGGAUUUUCUCUAAAGAUCUAAAGGAGUUUAUGUUAUCAAAUUCUGAUCAAAUUCCAAAAAGUCUGAAGCAAAUUUCCAAGAUUACUAAUUCAGAUGAGUUUUCAGAGUCAAUUGUUAAGGUCACUAGUGCUUUAACUAUCGGAGUUCUUCGAGGUUGUUGUAAUCAAGAAACAGAGGAAUUGGAUUCUGAUUUGUUCGAUAAGGUUUUAAAUAAACUGUUUUCUGAUGCAGGGUGUGGUUUUGCUUCUGUAAUUGUUGGGAGUUUCGCCAGGAAUUUGGUACUUACAUUUUGUUCUGUUAAACAGGGUUACUCUGUUCCUCCUGAAUAUGUUGAUACUCUGAUAGGGAAUUGUGUGCAAGUAUUUGUGAGCACUCUUGUUGCUGUUUAUCUUGACAAAACAAUGAAUAUCAACACUUACAAUGAAAUCUUUUCUGGUUUGACAAAUCCGAAGAAUGAAGCGAAAAUGAGAGAAAUGUUGGUGACCUUAUGUAAUGGUGCAACAGAAACAUUUGUCAAAACUUCUCAUCAAAUUUUGACAAGUACAGAAAUGGAUGAUAAAGUGUCAACUAGUACUGCUUUAACUGUGCCAAUGAGUAAAAAGUAUAUUCUUGAUUUGAGUGGGAGAGUUGUUUUUGAGUGUGUUAGAUCUUUUGUGGAGAAGUUGUGGAAGUGUUUGAAAAGAUAUGUUGAAUUUAUGAAUGAGGAGGUUUUGGAGAAGAGUGUUGAAGUUUAUAGGUGUGUGAGUUCCCUGUAUUCUGUUGUUGUUAGCUUAUGUCUUACUUUGUGUGGGGACAUACUGAAUGGUCCUUGGAUUUUGGUUAUAACUUAG